AUGAAGCCAAGCAGUCUUCUCCGUCUCAUACCCGUCACGUACCUGGCGACUAGUGUCGCGGCUCUCUCAGCAGCAGGUUGGAGAUCACAAUCUAUCUAUCAAGUCAUCACAGAUCGUUUUGCACGUACCGAUGGCUCUACUACUGCUUCUUGUAACGUGAAUGAAUAUUGUGGUGGUUCGUGGCAGGGUAUUAUCAAACAUUUGGAUUAUAUUCAGAAUAUGGGUUUCACGGCUGAUGGUUCUAGUUAUCAUGGAUAUUGGGCACAGAAUAUUUACCAGGUUAAUUCCAAUUUCGGUACACCAGCCGAUCUUAAAGCACUAUCAGCUGCAAAAUCCUACUACCAUCCUUUCUGCCUAAUAGAUUAUAACAAUGCAACAAGCGUGGUAGAUUGUUGGGAAGGUGACAAUAUCGUCUCAUUACCCGAUCUUAGAACCGAAGAUUCAGAUGUUUACACGGAGUGGAAUUCGUGGAUUUCACAACUCGUGGCUAAUUAUUCGAUUGAUGGGUUGAGAGUUGAUAGUGCGCAACAAACUGGGAAGGCUUUCUUUCCUAGUUUUCAGAAUUCGGCUGGUGUAUACGUCGUUGGAGAAAUUUUCAAUGGUGAUCCAGCCUACGUAUGUCCAUACCAGAAUUACAUGAACGGAGUUCUCAACUAUCCCGCAUACUACUGGAUAACACAAGCCUUCCAAUCCACAAGCGGAAGUAUCUCCAACCUCGUAAAUGGAAUCAACACGAUGAAAUCCAGCUGUUCAGAUACCACUCUCCUUGGAUCCUUCCUAGAAAAUCACGACGUGGCUCGUUUCCCCUCUUAUACAUCCGAUGCCUCACUCACUAAAAAUGCCAUCGCAUUUACCAUUCUCUCAGAUGGCAUUCCCAUCGUCUACCAAGGCCAAGAACAACACCUAACCGGUUCCUCCGUCCCCAACAACCGCGAAGCCCUCUGGUCCAACUCAAACUCCUACUCGCAAUCUGCAACAUAUUACCGCUUUAUUGCUUCGGUGAAUCAAAUUCGUAAUCAGGCUAUUUACGUGGAUCCGACCUAUCUUACUUAUAAAGCAUAUCCGGUUUAUAGUGAUGGUACGACGAUUGUGAUGAGGAAGGGUUUUACCGGAAAGCAGAUUAUUGCUGUUUUUAGUAAUAAGGGUGCUUCGGGGAGUAGUUACACCUUAACACUAACAAGUUCACAAACGGGAUUCACGUCUAAUCUGCAAGUGGUGGAAGUCCUUACGUGCACGACGUCUACGACGAAUGGUAGUGGGAAUUUGGCGGUUAGUAUGGCGGGGGGUGUGCCGAGGAUCUUUUAUCCAAAGUCGUAUUUGGUUGGGAGUGGGGUUUGUUCUUUGUGA